GCGACCUAAAUGGGUGGGGCCAGUGUGGUCCAAUAGAAUGCAGCAGCCAGAGACACGUUGCAACAGACAUGUCAGCCUCCACAGCGUAGAAAACAGCAGCUAGCUUCGUGAUUGACUCCACUAUGGUUGUUGCGGACUCGCAGUCCUCCGACACAGGGACCAUCCUUCGUGUCAGAGGGCCGCUGGAGUUCAAAUGUCACCUGGACAGCACAGAUGCACGGCUCAUGCACAAAGUCAUCUCAAGAACAUUCGAGACGCUUCAAUCUCAGGUGAAAUCUGAAUCAUGUGUUCUCACAGUCUGUGACAGUCCUGUUAUUAUUUGGCCAAACAGAGGUGUUUACGCAAUACCUGAAGAAAUAACGCCAAACACACUAUGUGAAGAUAUACAUCAAUGGAUUCAGUCAGAUGAACAAGAGGCUGCUGGCAAGAGAUCUGCAAAAAAGAAAAGCAAAAAAAGUUCAGCAGCAAGUGUCAUUAACCUUCGUCUGAUGAUGGAGGCGACAAAGACAGGCCGCCCCCUUUCAGCCCCGAUCCUCAGCAGAACAGUCCAUAAAUCCCACUUCCUGUCUACAACUUUUCCUGUGGACUGCGUCGUCCGUACCACCGUCAAUGAAACAAUCAAAGAUGCCUUUGAACGCCUGUUGGAGGCGCUAACUCAUCAGCUGUGUGAGAUGGAGAAAGUGACCUUGCAACACAUUAAGGGGACCACGCUGCUGGUACCUCAACCGCUCCACUUCCUCCUUCCAGAGCCAAAAGGGCUAGUGACCGUGGUUUACCCUGCAGGAGUGCCUGACAGCCAACUGGAGACGCAACGUAAGGAACUGCAUCAACAGUUUGAGCUACCUGAUGACUGGCCCUAUUUUAGAAGAGCCAAUGCUUACCACUUUCCCAAUGAGCCCUACAAAGAUGGUUACCUCCGAAACCCUCAUCUGGGCCUCACACAUCCCACGCUGGACAAUGGAAAGGUGUACUUGGUCCAGGGGUUCUACAGCUAUCACCAUUACAUGCAGGACCAUGUGGAUGACAACGGCUGGGGCUGUGCUUAUCGCUCCCUCCAGACCAUCUGCUCCUGGUUCCAGCAGCAAGGCUUUGUAGAGCGGGCCGUGCCCACUCACAGAGAGAUCCAACAGGCUUUACUGGAUGUUGGAGACAAACAGGCAUCCUUUGUUGGAUCACGCCAGUGGAUCGGAUCCAUUGAGGUUCAGGUUGUUCUGAACCAGCUGCUUGGGGUCACUUCAAAGAUCAUGUUUGUGAGUCAAGGUUCUGAGCUGGCAUCCAAAGGCAGAGAACUGGCCAACCACUUCCUUACUGAUGGGACUCCCAUCAUGAUUGGGGGGGGAGUUUUAGCUCACACUAUUCUAGGUGUGGCUUGGAGUGAGACCAGCGGGCAAAUCCGCUAUCUCAUCCUAGAUCCACAUUACACAGGAGCAGAGGACUCGCAGGUUAUUACAGACAAGGGCUGGUGUGGCUGGAAAGGACCGGAUUUUUGGGAUCAGAUUGCGUAUUAUAAUCUGUGUCUUCCUCAGAGGCCAAAGGUCAUCUGAGCUCUCACAACCUUUCAGACAGACAUCAUCUGACAUUGGUAAAGCAUUUGCAAAACGUUGGAGUGUCAUUGCAAAUUUGAGAAUUUCUGUAAUGAUGUCAAAUUUCUUGUAAUUUACUUUUACGUUUUUGGUUGAAUGCUACAUAAAUCAUUGUCUUAGCAACAAAGGCACAACACAGGAUGGUUGUUAUUUGGUAUUGAAAAGAGAAAUGUAUCAUAUCAUGUCAGCAAAUAUGUUAAUUAUUUAAUAAUACAAAGGCUGGUGAAAUAUGUAUACUAAAAUGUCUCAUUUCAUUCAGUAAUUAUAAGACAUCCAGGUCAACAGAGUUUUAUUAUUGCUGUGUUGUAAAUAGACAUAUGGAUGAUCUUACAAUUAAUUCAAAUGUACAGUUUAUUCUGUCCUCAAUUUUCCUUCAUUCCUUAUUAAAUUUUCUUUUUAUUUACACUAAAUGAUCAGCCGAUUUGGCAAUUUUUCAAGCGAAAAUGCCAAUGAUUCCCUUAUUCAAGCUUUACAGAAUAUAAGGAUUGGAUACUUUGUCAUACAUUACAGUAAAUGGAAUGUCUUUGGGUUUUAGACUGUUGGUUGAAUGAAUAUUGUAUUAAUUUGUAAACGGAGAGAUUUGUUGGUGAAUAAAUUAUAAUGAAAUCCUCAUUUAGCUGUGGAGGCCCUGGAAACAUUUAAGGACCCCCAGGGGCCUUGGUCCCACUCUGAGAACUA